ACGUAACUAGUUUUUAUCAAAAACCCUAAUACUCUCUUCUUCGGCACAUAAAGAAUUUCUUCGCCGCUCAAUUACUUCGAACAGCUUCUCUCAGCCGGCGAAAAUGGGUUUUAAGAGAUUCGUGGAGAUUGGGGGAGUGGCGCUCGUUAACUACGGCGAAGAUUACGGAAAGCUUGUGGUUAUCGUCGAUGUAGUCGACCAAAACAGGGCACUUGUGGAUGCCCCUGACAUGGAGAGAAUCCAGAUGAAUUUGAAGAGAUUGUCUCUUACUGACAUUGUGAUUGAUAUCAACAGAGUGCCCAAGAAGAAGCAUUUGGUUGAGGCAAUGGAGAAGGCUGAUGUGAAGAACAAGUGGGAGAAGAGUUCAUGGGGUAGGAAACUUAUUGUGCAGAAGAGAAGAGCUGCACUCAAUGAUUUUGACAGGUUCAAGAUCAUGUUGGCCAAAAUCAAGAGGGCUGGUGUUGUGAGGCAGGAGCUUGCUAAGCUAAAAAGGGAGACCGCUGCUUGAUUUCUUAAUUAUUAUAAUCGUUAUCAUUACCAAUUCUUAUUUUGGAACUUGUUUUUAGUGCAAAUUAUGAUAUCAAUUUUGCUGAUUGUUAGCUACUAUCUAGUGAGUAUUUGGCUAUAGGGGAUUUUUUUUUUUUUUAGUUUUUCUUCCUAAAGUCUUGAUAUGAUUGGCCUGGUCAUAUUGUAUUAUUGUUAAACAACCUAGGAAUUGAAACAUACUUCGAGUAUC